GAAUUACACAUCUAUGAAAAAUAAAACGAUGGCAAAUUGAGUAUCUUUGGCAAAUACUUUCACAACAUUCUAGUUUUUGUUUUCGUGUGGUUAUAUUCAUAAUUAAGUGAUAAAAAUGCCGUACGCUAAUCAGCCCUCUGUGCAAAUAACCGAAUUAACAGACGACAAUGUGAAAUUCGUUUUGGAGGAUACCGAACUGAGUGUAGCAAAUAGUUUGCGACGUGUUUUCAUUGCAGAGACACCAACACUAGCUAUCGACUGGGUACAGCUUGAAGCAAACUCCACGGUACUUUCUGACGAAUUUCUCGCUCAUCGUAUUGGACUUAUUCCCUUAAUAUCUGAUGAAGUGGUUGAACGCCUUCAAUAUACACGUGAUUGCAUUUGCUUGGAUUUUUGUCCGGAGUGUAGUGUAGAGUUUACACUUGACGUCAAGUGUACUGAAGAGCAAACUCGUCAUGUCACAACUGCAGAUUUGAAGUCGAGCAACCCAAAAGUAUUACCCGUAACAUCACGCCAUGUAAAUGAAGAAGACAAUGAAUAUGGCGAGAGCACCGAUGAAAUUUUAAUAAUCAAAUUACGUCGUGGCCAAGAAUUGAAAUUGAGAGCUUAUGCGAAGAAAGGCUUUGGAAAGGAACACGCUAAAUGGAACCCAACUGCAGGCGUUUGCUUUGAAUAUGAUCCAGAUAAUUCUAUGCGUCAUACGCUAUAUCCCAAACCGGAUGAGUGGCCAAAAAGUGAACACACCGAAUUAGAGGAUGAUCAAUAUGAGGCACCUUAUAGUUGGGAAGCGAAACCAAAUAAAUUCUUCUAUAAUGUAGAAUCAUCCGGUGCUCUGAAGCCUGAAAAUAUAGUUAUAAUGGGAGUACAAGUUUUAAAAAAUAAAUUGUCCAAUUUGCAAACGCAACUGAGCCAUGAGACACAAAACGAUGCGCUAGCUGUGUAAAAACAAUAUUUAUACUAAUAAAUUUAUGUUUAUUUCAAAA